AUGAGCUGUUUCAAAAAAUAUUUGGAUAUCGUAGCACGCGCGUUUCAAGCCUGUGGUGUGGCUGUAGUCAUAUGUAUCGGUAAUGGUAUUAUUUCCGAUAUUUUCUCUGAUCAUGAACAAGGUCAAGCGUAUGGCAUAUUCAUCUUUGGUAGAGAGGCAGGAGGAGCAGGAGGAGUUAUUGGAUCAUCUGUUGGAGCACUUUUAAUUUAUCCUAAUGUUGCUUUAUUGGUUUUCAACAAAGUUGUAAUGACAAUAACACUUUAUAUUCAAAAUUUAUUACUUGGAGAUUUAUUAUCAGCAGCUUACCCUCAUCCGUUGGAUUAA